AUGCCGAAGUACGAUCGUCAAGCGAACGGAUAUAGAGUUUUUGUUGGAGGUGUGGAUCCUCGUGUCGGCAAAGUAGAUAUAGAACAGGAAUUUGAACGGUUUGGUCCGAUCGCAGAUGUAUGGGUUGCACGAAACCCACCGGGUUUUGCUUUUAUAGUAUUCAAGUAUGCAGAAGACGCUGAUCGAGCUGUAAGACGAAUGGAUGGAAGUCGUCCUUUUGGAUCUCGUCUGAGGGUUGAACAUGCGGUUAAUAAUAAAACAGCGAACAGCCGACGCCAGGAGAGGUCACGAUCUCGUUCUUAUGGUAGACGCCGACGAGGUACGCCACCCCACCGCCGACCACCCAUACAACGUUCUUCAUCGGGACAUAAAAGAUCUCCAAUUAAUCAUAGAGAUAUGAGGCGUCACUCACCGUCCAUGUCAUACGAAAGAAACAAGUCAGGUCAAGAAGGCGGUCACCGUACCAGGUCUACGUCAUGUAACAAAAGAUCAAACAGAUACAAGUCACCUCAACCUCGGUCUAGAACAAUGUCUCCCAGUUCACAUCGAAAUAGCAGUCGGCAUUCUCGUUCCCGUUCCCGACACUCGCACAAGAACAAUGGACGCCACAGUCCUACACCUGAUCGCCGUUCGGCUUCGGAGUAUGAUCGCUCUCAAUCCCGGUCACCAGAUAUUGAAAGGAAGCACAGCUAUGACGGUUCCAGAAGUCCAAUUGACGAUGGUCAUAACGCAAGUGCUGACGAACGCAUUUCAUUCAAUCAUGAUUCCCGUUCUGUGUCUCGUUCUCCGUCUUCGACACAUCAGAGCAACUUACAGUCCCGAUCUGGAACCCCGUCUGACUAUGGCAAUGGUAGUGCCAAACGAGGUCAUUCAAGUAACAGUCCAACAGGUGAGCGAAGCUGUCAAGAAAGCGAAUGA